UGGUUCGAACGACAGCUUUUGUCCCGAAACGAUACCCGUAGUUAGUGAAAGUUUGCUGUCUGCAAGCAUGUUGGCUGUGCAUUUACUCGCCUUCAUUGUUUUGCAAUAUUAGUCUUGAAUAAUUAAGCGACACUUUUUUUGGUCAUUUCAGUCCAUGUAGUUUUCGGGAUAGGAUAGCAGAAAUGCCUCGUUAUGCUCAACUGGUGAUGGGCCCCGCUGGAAGUGGAAAGAGUACCUACUGCUCUACACUGAUCCAGCAUGCAGAAGCCAUAAACCGCUCAGUACAGGUGGUCAACCUAGACCCAGCCGCUGAACACUUUGAUUACCCAGUCAUGGCAGAUAUCCGGGAGCUCAUCAUGGUGGAUGACGUGAUGGAGGAUGAGUCACUGAGGUUUGGCCCAAAUGGAGGGCUGGUGUUCUGCAUGGAGUACUUUGCCAACAACUUUGACUGGCUGGAGGAGAGUCUGGGUCACGUGGAGGACGACUACAUACUGUUUGACUGUCCUGUGAUGUCUGCAGGUCAAAUAGAGCUCUACACACACCUCCCUGUGAUGAGGCAGCUGGUAGAGCAGCUCCAGCAAUGGGAAUUCCGUGUCUGUGGCGUCUUCCUGGUGGACUCACAGUUCAUGGUGGAGACCUUCAAGUUCAUCUCUGGUAUCAUGGCUGCGUUGAGUGCCAUGGUGUCCUUGGAGAUCCCAACAGUCAACAUCAUGACCAAAAUGGACCUGCUCAGUCCCAAGGCCAAGAAGGAAAUUGAAAAGUACCUGGACCCUGACAUGUACUCAAUGAUGGAGGACAACUCUGUCACCAUUAGGAGCAAGAAGUUCAAGAAGCUGACCAAAGCCAUCUGUGGUUUGAUUGAUGACUACAGCAUGGUGAGAUUCUUGCCUUUUGAUCGCACAGACGAGGAAGGCAUCAACAUAGUGCUUCAGCACAUCGACUUUUCCAUACAGUAUGGAGAAGACUUGGAGUUCAAAGAGCCAAAGGAGCCUGACGAGGAGCCAGACAACACAAAUUAUGAUGAUUUCUUCCAGGACAAAGAGGACUGAGAUGGUAUACAUUACAAAAUAUUAAGUGCACCUGCUCUUUCCAUGACAGACUGAAUCCAGGUGAAUCCAGGUGAAAGCUAUGAUCCUUUAUUGAUGUCACUUAAAUUAGUGUAGAUGAAGGGGAGGAGAUGGGUAAUAGAAGGAUUUUUAAGCCUUAAGAUAAUUGAGACAUGGAUUGUGUAUGUGUGCUGGGUUUUCACACUCAACAGUUUCCCAUAUGUAUCGAUAAAGGUCCUCUACUCAAAUGACAUCCAGCCAACUUGACACAACUGUGGGAAGCAUUGGAGUCAACAUGGGCCAGCAUCCCUGUGGAACGCUUUCGAGUCCAUGCCCGGCGAAUUGAGUCUGUUCUGAGGGAAAAAGGGGGGUGCAACUCAAUAUUAGGAAGGUGUUCUCAAUUUCACCCAAUCCCUCCCCAUCCCUGUCUGUGAAGCACCACCACGUGACCUGUUGGUUUUUGACUGUAAGCAGAAUUUAAUGGAAAUUAAGAAAACGUUUCUUGUUGAAUAUCUGGAUUAUGUUUUUGUAAUUAAACUAUUGUAAAACAA